GUAACCAUGCACAUCUGGUGCACUUUACUCUGCUUCUGUACACGACUAACCAGCGCCAUCUCGCAUGCUCGUGUCUUGUGAAUGGCUAAGAAACUUCCGUCCCCUAACACUAUACAGGGAGAAUAGCUCUUUUUUCGUUUUGAAAUUCCCGCCAGCCUGGCCAACAUUGCAACUCUGUAUGACCUGUGUUUCAGACUUAGGACCAGCCAGCGAGAACAUAAAUCGGUCUUGAAGCUUGUUGAUUGCUCUCUGUUGAUUUCCGCCUAGGUCCUCAUAGUCACCAUCAACAGUCCCCAUGGCCGACUGGCACUGGCCUGGCUAAUUUAGCCGCAAAAUUACGCUCAAAGGCAUCGCAACCCUCGGUCCAUCUCUAAAAAUGGUAAUGCGCAUCUCUGACCGGCGGCCUACAUAAAGCAUGCACCAACUCAAUGUCAAUGUUACUUUCACAUCUCCACGGUCUCAAGUGCUGGUCACACUCACGAGCCGACCUUAGAAGCUGCAAGAACUGGUUUCUUGUCCAAUCUUUCUCUGAUAUGUUACCCAUCUUCCAAUUAGCCCUCUCGAUUAUUCUGUUUACGACCCUCUCGCUUUCCUUACCUGUCCAUCCUGUGCAAAAUGAAGCUGUACCCAAGAGAAUGGACUCUUUGGAUUAUCUCGAAGCGUAUCCGCCUUCUUCGACCUCAGGUUCUGUUCAUAGGAGAGAACCUGAGGUAACGGUUUUGAUGCACGGAUCUCCUACGACUUUAUCAGACAUAGACGUGUCGAAAUAUACACCUCUUAAGCGGCAGCAGGUAGCCGCUACGCCAGAGAUUACCGAUACUGGUGCUUCUAGUGCUGCUGUAUCAGCCAAUCCUGCACCGACUACGGGCGCGUCGGAUACUACGGACCAAACCGCAGGCGGAACGUAUCAGUUGCUCGAUAUAUACAAGGGAAAAGACUUCCUGAACCCUCAGAAAUGGCAAUACUGGUCAAAUUCAGAUCCGACCCACGGUUCUGUUAAUUAUCAGGCAAUGGAGGCGGCAAUGGAGAAGAAAUUAGCGUUCGUUGGUGAUGAUGGCAUUGUAACGCUCGCUGUUGAUGAUACGACGACCUUAGGAGAUGGUGAAUAUCGCGAUUCUGUCCGCAUCAGUUCAGUCAAGACAUAUAAUAGUGGACUGUUUAUAGCUUCCUUCUCUGCCAUGCCUUAUGGAUGCUCUGUGUGGCCUGCUUGGUGGACAGUUGGUGACAACUGGCCUCACCAGGGGGAAAUUGAUGUCCUGGAGAAUGUUCACAACGCUAAUGCCAACCAGUAUACAUUCCACACUGGGGAGGGAUGCACGAUACAAGCAAGUGACGACAUGACAGCAAAACUCAGUAAUCAAAAGAGUAAUCAACAGUGUGCCGUUAGCGACGCCGAUAAUUCUGGCUGUGGAAUGGUGGACACAGCCAAUCCUAACUAUAGCUACGGCAAACAAUUCAAUCAGAUUGGAGGCGGUGUCUUUGCACACUUGUGGAAUGAUGAAGGGAUUCGGAUCUGGCACUUUCCGAAGACGAGUAUAACUGAUGAUAUUACUGCUGGGACGCCCGAUCCUGCGAAUUGGGGAAAGCCUGCGGCUUUCUUACCAAACGAUAACUCUUGUGAUACAGGGACACAUUUCAUAAAUCACAGUCUGGUUAUCGAUACCACACUAUGUGGCGACUGGGCUAACGCAACCUACUCUGGUGCGGGAUGCCCAGGAACGUGCGCUGAGGCUGUCAAAGAUCCAAAAAAUUACAAAACUGCGAAAUGGAAGAUCAACUACAUCGCCGUAUAUAGCGCAGGGGGUAGUUCCACCAGUGGAACCGGCGCUGAUUCAGGAACUAGCGUGGAAACUGGAACAGAGUCUGCAGCUCUUUCGACAGUUGCUUCCUCCCCUGUUGCUAGCGAAUCCAAUGCCUUACUUACCCAACGAUUUGUUACGAACACAGCUGAAACUAUAACUACAAGCUCAAGCAGCAUCCCCGUAACUACUGGUAGCCUGGGAUAAUACCGUUGCGUAUAGCAUUAUGUAUGCCGUAUAUGUAUAUUGUAUACAUGUAUAUUUCUCUAAAUUAGAUGCGAUACUUGCCGGGCAAAAUACCAGGAUGAUCCAGAAUGAUCGGA